AUGGAGUGGGAGUUCAACCUGCUGCUCUACCUGGCGCUCUUCUUCUUCUUGCUCUUCCUGCUCUUCCUGCUGCUCUUCGGAGUCAUCAAGCAGCUGAAGAACUCCGUUGCCAGCACGGGCGCCGUCCAGCCGGGGCGCCACUCUCUGCGCGGAGAGCCCUGGGGCUUUUGCCGCGAGCAAGCCCUCUGA